GUGCGCCGCGGUCCGCUGCUGCCCGGAGACCAAGCCCAGCACCCAGCCGACCUCGUGCAUCGGGCUCUCCGCACGCUCAGCCCGCGAUCCCCGCUCUGUGCACCUCCCCUUCCGAGCGCCCACGCGAGACGAGCACGCCAUGAGUCCCGGCCAGCGCGCCGGCGGCGAUGUGCGGAAGGGCGGCCCGGCGGGCGGCGGUGGCGCGGGGCGCCCCGCGACGGCAGCCGGGGCCUGGGCGGUGAGCGCGCUGUGCUUGCUGCUUUCCGCGGGCUCGGCGGCCGCCUGUCUGCUGCUGGGCGUCCAGGCGGCCGCGCUGCAGGGCCGGGUGGAGGCGCUCGAGGAGGAACGGGAGCUGCUGCGGCGCGCGGAGCCGCCAGAUGCCCUGCCUGCCUGGUUGGAGCCGCACCUGGAGCGCCUGCUGCGCGAGAAGCUGGAAGGACUAGUCAAGUUCCGGACAGUUCGGGAAGCACCAUCCCAGUGUGUCUGCCCUCCGGGGCCCCCUGGACGGCGUGGCAAGCCUGGAAGACGAGGCGAUCCCGGUCCUCCCGGGCAAUCAGGACGAGAUGGCUACCCGGGGCCACUGGGUCUGGAUGGCAAGCCUGGACUUCCAGGCCCCAAAGGGGAAAAGGGUGCACCAGGAGACUUCGGCCCCCGGGGAGACCAAGGGCAAGAUGGAGCUGCUGGGCCUCCAGGGCCUCCUGGACCCCCUGGGGCCCGGGGCCCUCCUGGCGACACUGGGAAAGAUGGCCCCAGGGGAGCACCAGGCCCAGUGGGCCCCAAAGGAGAAAAUGGACACAAAGGCGAGAUGGGCCCAAUUGGACCCCCAGGGCCCAAGGGGGAUGAUGGGACACCAGGCCAGCCAGGACUCUCUGGACCCCCAGGGCCCAAGGGCGAGCCAGGGAGCUCAGGACCUCCGGGAGAGAAUGGCGUGGACGGAGCCCCAGGGCCCAAGGGGGAGCCCGGCCAGCCAGGCGCCGAUGGAGCCACCGGGCCCCGGGGUCCUCCAGGCCUCAAGGGUGAGCAAGGAGACACAGUGGUGAUUGACUACGAUGGCAGGAUCUUGGACGCCCUUAAGGGUCCUCCUGGCCCACAGGGGCCCCCAGGGCCACCAGGGAUCCCAGGAGCCAAGGGCGAACUUGGAUUGCCUGGUGCUCCAGGGAUCGACGGAGAGAAGGGUCCCAAAGGACAGAAAGGAGACCCAGGAGAGGCUGGGCCAAUCGGACCCAAAGGAGAAGCAGGCGAGAUGGGCCUGUCGGGCCUCCCGGGCACCGACGGCCCCAAGGGGGAGAAAGGAGAGCCAGCACCUGACAACCUACAGGAGAGCCUGGCCCAGAUCAUAGUGGAACCAGGGCCCCCAGGCCCCCCAGGUCCCCCCGGCCCCAUGGGCCCUCAAGGAAUCCAGGGUCCCAAGGGCUUGGAUGGAGCAAAGGGAGAGAAGGGUGUGUCUGGCGAGAGAGGCCCCAGCGGCCUGCCUGGCCCAGCCGGCCCGCCAGGCCUUAUUGGGCUACCAGGAAACAAAGGAGAAAAGGGCAGACCCGGGGAACCAGGACUAGAUGGUUUCCCUGGACCUCGAGGAGAGAAAGGCGACCGGAGCGAGCGUGGAGAAAAGGGGGAGCGCGGCGUCCCUGGUCGGAAAGGAAUGAAAGGCCAGAAGGGUGAGCCGGGACCCCCGGGCCUGGACCAGCCAUGUCCCGUGGGCCCUGAUGGGCUGCCCGUGCCCGGCUGCUGGCAUAAGUGAUUCCCCAGCACGCAGCUCCCAACCUGUACAGAUCCGUGUGAACAUUUUGAAUUUCUGUAAAAACAAAACAGUAAUAUAUUGAUCUUUUCUUCAUGGGAUGCACCACCAUAUCUGAGGCCUUUUAACAUUUGAGAGUGUGCCCGGCCCAGCCCCAGAACGAUCAGCGUGUGAAGCUGGCAGGAGAGUGGACGGGCCCAUUGGGGGCACUGGGUACUUGUGGAGACCCCCCACAAGGACUUGGCUUUCCUGGGAAGGAGACGACAGUGAAUGAGCUUGGCUCAGGAGAGCUGCAAAGAUGCUGGGUUGGGCCUUCAGUCACCUGAUGAGCAGAGACUCUGGCUGUCCUGCUGGCCUGUAAGAGCCCCCAGAGCUCUGGAGCCCAGGCGCUCCCCUCCCCAAGGCUUAGGGCCUGAAUAGCAAAUGCAGCUGCUCCCAGCCCCUCCAGCCUCUGCACUCAGCCCCAGGUAGCUGACCACCCCUUUGGGCCCCCCUGGGGCCCUGGGUUCACCAGGGCAGGGCAAGAGUCCCACCCAGCACUUGCAGCCGGACACUGGGAACUGCAGGAAGCACCCCAAGCAGAUCGAGCCCCCCUCCACCCCGCCAAGUUCUGGAGGCCUCAGGAGCCAGCCUGCCUGCCGCAAAAACAAGUGUCCUCUGGCCAGGAGUGGAGGCCAGGCACUAUGAUGGCACCACGUGGCCCCAGCUGCAAGGAGCCCUGUGCUCCCUGAGUGUGGGGGUCCCAGGCUGGGAUAUCUGCUGCUUCCCAUCUGUCUCCAUGCCACUCAGAGCAGGGACGUGAUGGGACUUUGCCAGCCUAAGGAGAUGGACCUCCAGCCCAGAGCUUGGGUGUCAGUGUCCCUUAGUCUCCCACCCAGGGGAACUCUGGUCAGCCUGCCAGAAAUGUGUCCUCUGCAUGAGCUGUGCAUAUGAAGAGAGCCUCUGGGCUGCUUCCAGGAUGGCCUGGGUAGGGGACCCGUGUCCUGAGCCAGUGAUGCUCUGAAAAGAGGCUUCCCCACCUCUGACGAGGGUCCCCGGCCACCAGCUCCGGCCUAGCUACUUGCCUCCCCCUCUGUGUAGACAGAUAUCAUUGUGUGUAAUAAACCACCAGUGUGUAUCUGGGUACCUGUCCUUGCAGACUGCCCCUAGCGCCACCUCUAAGUGAGGUUUCAGUCUGGCCAUUGCUGAGUAGAGAGGGAUAAAGGGAAUGUCCCCGGCCUGGAGCCACCCCAGAAACCAGAGAGAGUGGUUUAGGGUCAAGGCAAAGAUGGGGUUUGGAGUUAGGAAGAUACAGACUCAAGGCCUGGCCCUGCUAUGUACCAGCUGAGCCCUCUGCCCAGUCACCCAUGUCACUGAGCUCCUGUGUGUCCGCUGAUCUGAUGACCUGUGACUGCUACAUAACAAAUCACCCCAACACUUGUUGCCUUAAAAAACAAUCCUUUGUAUUUCUCUCAUAGUUCUGGGGGUAAUGGGCCCAGCUAGGUGGUUGUCGCUCAAGCUUUCCCCCACCUGGGAGUUGAUGCUGGCUGUCCCCUGGGACCUCAGAUGACCAGAAUACCUCUUUAUGUGGUCUGGGCUUCCCCACAGCAUGGGUGCUGGAUUCCCAGGUGGACCAGGUGGAAGCUGUGUCACCUUUUAUGCCUAAGCUUCAGAAGUCACAUGGUGUCACCUCCUGCUGGAAUCAGAGGUUCACCCUAAUUCAAGGGGAAAUGGUCAACAUCAUAGUCUAAGGAGGAAAUGUGGGCUAGGAGAUCUGGUCGCAGCCAUCCUAGAAAAUUCAACCCACCACCUCAUCUGUACAGUAAGACGGCAAUGCUUACACUCAGACCAUGGCUUAGUGAAAAACAACUGUGUGGAAUGCAUGAAGAAGCUCAAACAGGUUGAGCACCCAGAAGCGACCGUGGUUCUGAAUUCCCUCUCUCCUCUCCAAGACCAAGCAAGGGCCACAGUUGCACAGAGCAUCUCUACAUCUCUCAUCCCAGCUGGUCCUUAGAUCCUGAGAGAGGGGCCCAGUGAAUGUGCCCACUCCACUGGUGGCAAAACCAAGCACAACCAGGGUGAUGGAGACAAAAAGGGGCCUGUGGUGAUGGGGUCUCAGGCUUCCCCCUCCAAUGACUGAGGCCUAAGGAGGCCAUGGUAUAGGAGGCCCCCUCAGACCUCACUAUGUGGCCUCCUCGCUAACGAACUGGCUAAGAGGCCCUGCCACAUACUGGCUAAGGAGAAGGAAUAAGCCAAGUCUUCGCCUCCGUUGCCCUCAGUUGCUGGCAAUAAUUGGCAGGCCAUGCUGCUCAGCCAGUCAUGUGUGCCACCAAGAAAGGCAGUAGUAUGAAAAGGAAAAGGACUUCCCUGGUUGCCCAGCAGGUUAAGGAUUUGGCGUUGUCACUGCUGUGGCGAGGAUUCGAUCCCUAGCCCGGAAACUUUCACAUGCCACAGGCGCAGCCAGAAAGAAGAAAAAAGAAAAAAGGAAGGGAAACAUGGGCUGUGAUGACUGAUGGAGACCAUUGGACACCCAAGGGACUUGGCGUUCCAGCAUCACCACACAGACAUGUUGCAGCCUGCAAUUCAUGUUUCACUCCUUCCUCCACCCGGAGAGUAACUCACUGGAACCCCUCACCGGCCCUGUGAAAGACAAGGCCUGUGUGGUUGGUAUUACUAUUUCCGUCUUAUUUGUGGGUAAAGUGAGGCUCCGAGGGGUAAAUCCUCUGCCAGGGAUGCACAGCCAGCCAGGAUGUGGUAACAGGCUUGGGACAGGACCCAGGCUUUUGGAUGUCCUCCAAUUGGUCUUUCCAAAAUUGCUUGGCAGGGCAGAGUCUGUGAGCAGGGCCGUGAUGCUGAGUGACUGGCAGGCAGACCCUCGUGGGAGUAGCAGCCACAUGUUCCCCCUUCCCCCAGAUAAGCAAGAGGGUCCCUUUCCAGUGCCUCUGAGCAGGACAGGGCCAUUUAUGGCCCAUGGCUGCCCCCUUGAGGCCUCACACUAUGUAUCCUCAGGUCUGCCAAUCAAAAUUUAGAGUCUGCAGAGUUCUCCAGGAGCUUGGGGUGCAGCCAAGAGACUGUAGAAGAGUAAAUGGCUUGCUAAGGUCCCAGCUGAUAUACGGGGGAAUGCCCUGCUGAGGGAACAUCCUGCCUCAUAGCUGAGCCUCAAAGAUGUAGGGCCUCACAUGACCCUGCCAAGGAGGGCAGCUGUGCCUCAAACUACCCCCAUCUAGAAAUGAGGGAAGCACAUGUAUUGAGCCACACUGUGUGCUAUGGAAGCUAAACUAAGCACAAGGGUGACUGUUCACUUUUGCAGAUGAAUCUGAGGCCAGAGAGGAGCGGGCUUACCCAGGUCUCCUACCUCUCGACCCCCCAGGAUACUGAUAGAAAUGCAUGGGAUGCUUUCAGUCGUCACAGAGAUUAGGAGACACUCCUGGCAGUAGUGGGUGGGGCCAGGGACAGCAAACAUCUGAGUCGCAUAGGACGGUCCUGCCCAAUGAUGGAACAUCUCACCGAGGAUGCCAGUUCCACUUGCGUCAACAAACAACAUGCCCUGGCUUCACGUCUUGACCCGGCCACUUCCUCUCUUCCCCUGCCCUCUUGGCCUCUGUUGGCACUUCAGAGGUCAGGCAUGAGAUAAUGGACAGAGGCGUGCUUAGCAUGGGGCCAGAGGGAGGACAGAGUGGGCUUUUCUGAGCAGGAGGAAGCAGGGGCUUCUUGGUGUUGUCCCACCGCUGUUGCAGAUACUCCUGGCCCCGGAAAUGGCCCAGCCUGGUCUGACCUCCUGACCUUAGACAUCCCUGGAUGUCUGUGAGAUGUGAGCUGGGCCUGACUGCUGCCUUCUUACCCCAAGGCAGGAAAAGUCCCUGAGCCAACCUGACUUCUCUGAGCUGUCAUGGGCCCCAAGAGAGGGCCAAAGAUUGGCCCUCAUGCAGGACUCUCAGAUUCUCUCUACCACACACACACACAUACACACACACACACAUGCACCCACAAACAUACACAUGAAAAGUUAGAAUGGUAGGGCAUAUCAACGCCUAUGGUUUUCUCCACCAAAGAGGAGGAGCAGAUCCAUGGAGAAAACCAGCAACCUCCCACUCACAUUUCACAGCAGGGAAGGGGAGCUUGACCCUCAGAAAAGAAAUACAGGCCACAAGCAACCUCCCUUGGUUCAUUUGGAAGGAAGUUUUUCCCAUGAAUCAUACCUAAGGUUCAAUUCAGCUUUACAAUUAAAAGAAACUCCAUUCAGUUUGCAAAGAUGAAAACGUUCUGGAGAUGGAUGGUGGUUGAUGGGUGCACGUGAAUGUACUUAAUGCCACUGAACUUGUACACUUUAAAAUGUUAAAAUGGUAAAUUUUACAUUAUGUAUAUGUUACCACAAUAAAGAGACUCCAAAUUUCUUUAA